GUUCCAACCCCUCCUACAACCUCACGCUCACACUCUCUCUCUCUGGGCUGGACUGAUACGAUCGGUGGAUUUCCGUAGCAAUCCAAACCUGUCUCUCUCUCACUGAAGAAGGGGUGUUCUGAGAUCACAUACAACGAUGGUGAAGGCUGUUGCUGUUCUUGGUGGCAAGGAGGGUGUCUGUGGCACCGUGAACUUCACCCAAGAAGGAAAUGGCCCAACUACAGUGACUGGAACUCUCUCUGGCCUUCAACCUGGGCUCCAUGGCUUCCACGUCCAUGCCCUCGGUGACACAACAAAUGGCUGUUUGUCAACUGGGGCACAUUUUAAUCCUGUUGGGAAAGAACAUGGUGCUCCGGAGGAUGAGAACCGCCAUGCUGGUGAUCUUGGGAAUGUUACAGCUGGGGAAGAUGGUACAGCUACUUUCACCAUUGUUGACAGUCAGAUUCCCCUUACUGGACCAAAUUCCAUCAUUGGAAGGGCUGUUGUUGUCCAUGCCGAUCCUGAUGACCUCGGAAAGGGUGGACAUGAACUCAGCAAGAGCACUGGAAAUGCUGGUGGCAGAGUAGCCUGUGGUGGAUACAGACUUCAGGACACCCUGAAUCAAUGGGCAUUGCAUUUGGAGUGGAGCUGAAACAUAGAAAACCCCAUUAUGUGGAUUUCUGUUUUCUGCCCCAAAUAGUAAAUUGGGUGUGAAAAUAGGAACAGAAGAAAAACAUCUGCUCACCCUCACCUCCCAAGGACCUCCAAAUGCAAUCUUCCACCUGAUGUAUCACAGAUUGCAGGAGGUGACUAUCACACACAAAAUGGACAUUUCUUCUUGUGUGUUUGGGGCAACCAGAAAGGUUAGCUUGCAUGCUUUCUUACAUUCUGGUUUCUUGAUUGUUAUUUUCUCCAUAUCAAAUUUCUACCUCAGAUUGGCUCCUGCCUCUUAGCUCACUUGCUUUGAGCUAAAUAAAGUGGCCUCACAAAGGAUGUCAAAUGCUUUCUACUUGUUAUUUUUUUUUAUUUUUUUUUAUUUUAAUGAUGAGGAAUUAGAUGGUCUUGCUCAUCAGCAAAUGUAGAGUAUACUGACGCACAGGACUCAGUAUGUGGGACCAUGGUUUAGUGAUCCAAACUAUUGAAUCCGAUGGGGGAUGCCUCACAAAUCUCCUGGAUUGGAAGGUUGUAA